GAUGGUGUUGGGGAGUUUUCUAUCAAGGAGUUGUGGGAAGCAUUUCCCUCUGUUCCUAUGUUUCUAGGUGCAUCUGGUAGGACGAUCAGGUGCAAGAAAAUGCGCCAUAGCCAUCGUACGAUCUCACUUUGUGACAUAAAUGUGCCCUGUGCAUGUGUAUACAUGUAUGACAAACGCCCUGAAGAUGUGUCCUUGUGCAAUCGAACCACUUCCACCAUUGAAACAACCUGUAGACCAACAUCGCUACCCCCAAAAAGGACUUUUUAAAAAAAGGGUACAGUUGUAG